AUGGACAAGCGCGGCAGCUUCGGGGGGAGCUCGUCCGACGACGUGGAGACGCCGCUGCUCCAGCCGCCGCCCGCGCGCGACGACAGGGACAAGGAGCGGCCGCCGUCUUCGUCGUCGUCGUCGUGGGUGCGCGCGCUGCUCGCGCACAGGUACCCGGCGGUGGCGUCGGGCCCCGCGGCGGCCGCGGCCGUGUGCUUGCUCGUCGACCUCAGCGUCGGCGCGGGGGGCGCCCACGCCCACGCCCACCGCGAGGCGCGCAACAUGCUCGCCGUCCUCGCCUGGGUCUUCCUCUGGUGGGUCACGGGCGCCGUGCCGCUCGCCGUCGCCUCCAUGGCGCCGCUCUUCCUGUUCCCGCUCUUCGGCGUCGCCUCCGCCGACGCCGUCGCCAAGGCCUACAUGGACGACGUCAUCUCGCUCGUCCUCGGCAGCUUCAUCCUCGCGCUCGCCAUCGAGCACUACCAAAUCCACCGCCGCCUCGCUCUCAACAUCACGUCGCUCUUCUGCGGCGACCCGGUGCGGCCGCCGCUGCUGCUGCUGGGAAUCACGGGCACCACCUUCUUCGUCAGCAUGUGGAUCCACAACACGGCGUGCACGGUCAUGAUGAUGCCCGUGGCCACGGGGAUCCUGCAGAGGCUGCCGCGCGGGGGCGGGGGAGGCGACGCCGGGGCGCACGAGGAGGUCCGCCGCUUCUCCAAGGCGGUGGUGCUCGGCGUCGUCUACGCGUCGGCCAUCGGCGGGAUGGCCACGCUGGCGGGCACCGGCGUCAACAUCAUCCUCGUCGGGAUGUGGUCCACCUACUUCCCGGAGCAGGAGCCCAUCACCUUCAGCUCCUGGAUGUGCUUCGGCCUCCCCAUGGCGUUCAUCCUCUUCUUGGCACUCUGGAUCACGCUCCCCAUACUGCGUUCACCGGAAAGGCUCUCUCUGCACCUGAAGCAUCUCAGAAGAGAUCACAUCAUCACUCAUCCAGUGCAAUUCAGGGAAUACUUAUCUCAUGAAAAUAUUCUUCUGAACUAUGCAGGUCCAAUGGUUUUUGCAGAGAAGAUGGUCUUGGCAGUGUUUGGGGGUCUGAUUGUGCUAUGGAUGACCAGGAACCUUACAGGUGACAUACCAGGGUGGGGAGCUCUCUUCCACAACAAUGUCGGAGAUGGAACAGUCACCAUCAUGAUGGCUACCUUGCUCUUCAUAAUUCCAAGCCGGAAGAACAAGGGCGAGAAACUGAUGGACUGGAACAAGUGUAGGAAGCUCCAGUGGGACAUUAUCCUCCUCCUGGGGGCAGGAUUCGCCAUUGCUGAAGGCUUCAGGUCAAGCGGCCUGACUGAUAUCCUCUCUGACGGGCUCCAGUUCCUCAAGGGUGCAGGGACGGUGGUCAUUGUACCUGUGGCCUGCAUCGUCAGCGGUGUCAUCACGGAGUUCACCUCUGACGAUGCGACCACGACACUGGUGCUCCCUCUGUUCGCUGAAUUGGCGAAGGCGAUCAAUGUGCACCCAGCGUUGCUUAUGGUUUCUGGAGCAGUUGGGGCUCAGCUUUCGUACUUGUUACCUACUGGAUCGCCGUCAAACGUAAUUGGGUUCAGUACUGGCCACAUUACCAUCAAGGAUCUUGUGAUCACAGGACUGCCCCUGAAAGUUGUCGGAAUAGCAGCUCUCACAAUCUUGAUGCCAACUCUAGGUUCACAGCUUUUUUGCACAGACAGCAGGUUCUAG